AAUGUGUUGGACGGCAUCAGACAAGUUCAAGUUUUCGAACCUAAAGCACCAGAUCCAUAAUCAAAAUGUUCAAAUCCGCCGUCGUCGUUCUCGCUCUCGUCGCCUGCGCUGCUGCCAAGCCUGGACUCCUGGGUGCUCCCCUGGCAUACACUGCUCCUCUGGCUUACUCUGCUCCUCUGGCCUACUCUGCUCCUGCUGCCGUGGUAGCUGCUCCCGCUCCAGUUGUGACCGCCACCAGUAGCCAGGUGAUCGCCAGGAACUACAAUGGAAUCGCCGCUGCUCCUGUGAUUGCUCCCGUUGGUGCUCCUCUGGCUGCUCCAGUAGUGGCCAAGUACGCGGCUGCUCCUCUGGCUGCUCCAGUAGUGGCCAAGUACGCGGCCGCUCCUCUGGCUGCACCUCUGGCCUACUCCUCGCCAUUGGCUUACUCCGCACCACUGAGCUACGCCGCUGCUCCUGCACCAUUUCUCAUCUAAAUGUUUACGCUGUGAUUAUCUAGGACGAUAAAUAUAUUAUGAAUAUAUAUAAACGCUUAUAUCGAUUA